AUGUCAUGGCAACCUGAAAACAACAACUUGAACCAACUUUUGACUAUUCUUCGAGAUGCUAUUAGUCCUAGUAACAAAGAACAAGCCAUACUUCAACAGAGGCUAUUACGAUUUAACGAAUACGCAGAAUAUAAUUCAUAUCUAGUCUAUAUUCUUGUUAAAAUGACACAUGAAGAUGGCUAUACUCGAGCCAUAGCCGGUUUAACUCUGAAAAACAACCUGCUUAAUCAUUUCAAUUUGACGCCUCUUGUGACCUUGAACUAUGUUAAACAAGUGAGCCUAGAGGCUCUGGACCAUCCAGAUCCAGACAGUACAGUCAGAAAAGCCAUUGGCUCGGUUAUUACGGCCAUUGUUGUUCGAGGACAGGUCUUGAAUUGGCCAGAGUCAAUUCAUACAUUGAUCAACAAGCUAGAUAGUCCUGAACCCUUAGCUGUAGAGAUGGCGUUAGAUACGCUUCAAAAAAUAUGUGAGGACAACAUGAUGGACAUGAAUGACGACAUAAAUGAGUCCAUGCUGGACCAAAUCAUUUACAAAUUGAUCCCAUUCAGUAGUCAUCCGAUUCCUCGAUUCAGGGUACUGGCCAUAUCAGCCAUCAGUUAUUCUAUUCCUCACAAGUCGCCUAUACUAUUAAAACACAUGGAUGACUUCUUACGGUCUCUUUUCUUUGCUGCCUCAGAUGAAACAGUUCAAGUACGCCAAGAAGUCUGCCGAUCCUUUAUCAUGUUGCUCGAUAAUUUCACGGAUCAUGUCCUUCCGCAUUUAGAUCAAUUAAUCGAGUACAUGAUUUACUGCAAUCAAUCAGAAAACAGCCAGAUCGCACUAGAAGCAUCCGAGUUUUGGAACCGGUUUGCUAAUAUCGAGCAUUUGCACCAUUACUUGAUACCUUAUUUGCCCAGAGCCAUUCCUGUCAUUCUCAAGUCACUUGAAUAUACUGAAGAGGAUUUACUCGCUUUUGGUGACUAUGAUGAAAGCGACGAAGAGCAGACAUUGCUACUUCCAAGAUAUCGUCGCAAGCAUAGUGGUAUUCAUAUACAUAACGAUGAUGAUGAAGAGGAAGAUCUUGAAGAUGACGAUGAGGAUGAUAUCGAAGAUGAUGGGCUCUUUUCUGUUUGGACAUUGCGAAAGUAUAGUGCGACUUCACUAGAAGCAUUGACCAUGGCUUUCAAGUCUCAUGUUGUCACCGUGCUCUUGCCUCUUCUCGAUCAAUCCAUGUUUCACAGCCAACAAUGGAAAACGGUCGAGAGCGGCAUCCUAGCCUUGGGAGCUGCAGCAGAAGGUGGCAUGAACGACUUGACAUCACAUUUACCAGUACUGGUUCCUUUUCUUGUAACAAAUUUAUCGAGCUCAAAUGUAUAUAUUCGAUAUAUCAGCUGCUGGACCAUCAGUCGAUUCUCUUCAUGGCUUCUCUCACAAUGCGAUGACCAAGAAUCCCGUUCUCGUUAUUUCGAACCGGCGCUUCGAGAGCUUCUUCGCCGUAUCCUUGAUCGGAACAUACGAGUACAAGAAGCUGCUUGCUCGGCAUUCUCCAUUUUGGAAGAACAGGCGACACCAAAAGAGCUUGUGCCUUACUUGCCUGUCAUACUCAAUCAUUUGACGAGAGCCCUGAGAUUGUAUGGGAAUAGAAACCUGAGAUUAUUGUAUGAUACGCUUGGUACCUUGGCAGAAUCAGUCGGUUCCGCCCUGAAUGAUCCUCAAUGUAUAUCUGUCUUGAUGCCUCCGUUGAUUUCUAAAUGGAAUAGUUUGGCAGAUACAGACCAUCAUCUGUUUCCAUUACUGGCUUGUUUGACAGACAUUGCAACAUCACUUGGAACAGGAUUUUUACCUUUUACCGAACCUGUGUUUUCAAGAUGCAUUCACCUAGUUACAAACAUACUCCAGACCGCCGUCUUGGAUGGAGAAGAUGAAUUUGACGAUGAAUGGAUCAGUACACCACUUGAUCUCUUAUCGGGGAUUGUCCAAGGCUUAGGCAGUCAAGUUGAGCCAUUUGUGAAAAACUCAACCUUAUUACCAUUACUGACCGUAUGUUCUCAUUAUCACUCUAGAUAUGAAGUACUACAACCAACGUAUGCUCUUAUUGGUGACUUGGCCAAGGCUUGCUUUAGCUGUCUAGAACCAUAUCUGGAAAAGAUGAUGCCAGAGUUGUUAAGAGAAAUAGGCAAUGAUGACUUGGAGUACAUGUCGGUAAGAAACAAUGCGAUAUGGGCAGUAGGUGAAAUAGCAGUCCGUUGGCAAAAGAUAAAAGAUUAUGUACCUGAUAUCCUUCCAUUAUGUAUACCUCUUAUUGGUCGCUCAACACAUAUUCAAGAGAAUGCGAUCAAUACGAUAGGCAGAUUAGGUUUGGCGUCUCAUCAGUUUCUUGCACAGUAUCUUCCACUAAUAGGUUAUGUUUGGCUUCGCCAGUCAAAGAGCAUAAAAGAAACCGAAGAAAAGGAUACGGCAUUUCAAGGGUUUUGUAAAGCCGUGGAUAUCUACCCUCAAGGAUUAAGUCAGGAGGCAAUCUAUAUGCUUUUUGAUAUCAUUCAUCAAUGGCAGCAACCAUCAGAUGAUCUACAGGUGUUAUUUAAGCGCAUCACUGAUGGUUACAAUACUCUAUAUUUCAAUAAAUAA